AUGCUGCGCUCAUUCGCAAUCGCGCUGCUUAUGGCGCCAAUUCAAGCUUUUAAUCUUUCGUACACGAACCCAAUCAUACCAGGAUGGCACUCGGAUCCAAGCUGCGUAUUUGUUCCUGAGCUGGACGAUACCUUCUUCUGCACAACAUCAAGCUUUGAGUCAUUCCCAGGCUUUCCAAUCUACUCAAGCAAGGACUUAUUGACCUGGAAGCUUGCCAGCUACGGGUUGAACCGCUUGGAGCAGUUCCCACCUAUCCUUACUACGAACAACCUGGAGUUUGGUGGCAUGUGGGCAAGCACUUUACGUUUUCACAAUGGCAGAUUCUACCUCAUCUCGACAUGGUUCAAUGCGGAUAUCUAUAAGCCUGGGUUCGUACUUACCAGCACAGCGGAUCCAUAUGACAACGAUUCCUGGCAGAAACUUCUCGAAAUCAAUCCACCGGGCGAUGUUAUUGACCCCGACCUUUUCUUCGAUGACAAUGGUUCCGUUGUCGUCGCGACUUCAGGAAUGCCUAUUCGAGCAUGUUAUCUUGACUUGGCAACAGGGCGCACUAGUACGCCGUGGAUGCUCUGGAACGGCACUGGUAAUUCAAGCCCAGAGAGCCCGCAUAUAUAUAAAAAAGACGGUUACUACUACCUUCUCAUUGCUGAAGGUGGUACAGCGAUCGGUCAUGCAACAACAAUGGCGCGAUCCAAGACAAUAAACGGGACAUGGGAACCUAUGCCGCAUAAUCCACUCGUUUCCAAUCGAGGCACAGAUGCAUACUUUCAGACAGUUGGCCAUUCUGACCUCUUCCAAGAUUUUAACGGAAAUUGGUGGGGUGUGGCCCUUUCCACUCGGGGUGGACCAAGAUUAUAUAAUGCAUCCAUCGCCCCCAUGGGUAGGGAGACCGUGCUCUAUCAUGUUUCGUGGCCAGAAGGAGAAUGGCCCACCGCAAGCCCUGUCACUGGAAGAAUGACUGGUCCUAUUCCCAUGCGUGGCAACUCUAAAAACCUUCCUGGUCUGGGUCCAUACGUAGGCAUGGCCGAUGUAGUUGAUUUCGCGCCUGGAUCAUCCGUACCGAAGAAUUGGAUAACUUGGAGGCCUCUGUACAACGCAUCCUCAAUCCAAGUCUCUCCUAAGCAUACUCUGCAAAUCCAAUCCUCUCGCGCAAACCUCACCGGAGACUCCUCGUUUAACGCUACAAAUGAAGGCAUCAAUGCAAUUUUCCGCAAACAAGAACACACAUUCUUUAAUUUUUCUGUUGACCUUCACCUCGGAUUCGCCUCUAGUUCCGAUGACAAGCUCGGUGUCUCGAAUUUUCUACAACAACAACAACAACACGUUAACCUUGGGGUUGUCUAUCUCUGCGAUGAAAAGAAUGAACUUGCACCGUAUUUCCGCUUUCGUGCACGAUCCAUCAAGGCAAAGGCCCCGGCGGAUAUUCUAGAGCCUGUUCCAGUGUCAUGGCUUGAUGGACCAGUACGCAUUCGCAUCAUCCCGGAUUCGGAAAGUGUUUUCAGCUUUUUUGUCGCACCAGCUGCGCGGCCCAAAGAACAGAGACUUCUUACGUCUUAUUCCACAGCUUUACUUACGUAUGAUGGUGCGGGAACAGGUGGACUGUUCGGCAUUUAUGCUACUACAAACGGGAACUCGAAUCACUCAUUCGAGGCGCACGUGAGCCGCUGGCGAUAUUUGCCCGUUGCGCAGAAGAUUGAUUAUGAUACUAUAAUUAUCAAUUACGAGUACAUCUAA